UCUUCAUAAACAAAUAUUUGCUAACAUUUCACAGAAGUGGCAAUGGAGCUUUUCUUCCUUUCUGGCUUAAUCCUCUUUACUCUUUUUCUUGCUGUGUCUCUUGCUUAUCUCUUUCACAAUAAAUCCAAAUCUUCUCACGCUAACCUUCCUCCGGGAAACAUGGGCUUGCCAUUCAUAGGGGAGAGUCUUGAGUUUCUCAACACUGGCCGAAAGGGUCAUCCUGAGAAGUUUAUUUCUGAAAGAAUAGCCAAAUACUCCUCUCCAGUCUUCAAAACUUCAAUCCUAGCUGAACCCACCAUUGUUGUUUGUGGUGCUGCUUCUAACAAGUUCUUGUUCUCCAAUGAGAACAAACUCGUCCAAGCCUGGUGGCCGAAUUCUGUUAACAAGAUCUUCCCUUCAUCUACGCAAACAUCUUCCAAAGAAGAAUCCAAGAAGAUGAGGAAGAUGUUACCAAAUUUUCUAAAGCCGGAGGCCUUGAUGAGAUACAUCGGAAUGAUGGAUUCAAUUGCGCAGAGGCAUUUUCAGGCUGGUUGGGAAGGAAAAAAGCAAGUUGAAGUUUUCCCACUUGCAAAAAGAUACACCUUUUGGGUUGCAUGCAAAGUUUUCUUAAGCCUAGAGGAUCCUGAGCAUGUAUCAAAAUUUGCGGAUCCUUUUAAUGUUUUGGCUUCAGGAAUCAUUUCUCUUCCUCUAGAUUUUCCGGGGACUCCAUUCAACAGAGCUAUCAAGGCAUCAGAUACGAUCAGGAAGGAGUUGAUAGCUAUUAUCAAACAAAGGAAGAUUGAUCUUGCGGAAAACACAGUCUCCCCUAAAGAUAUAUUGUCACAUAUGUUACAAGCAGCAGAUGAAAAUGGUGAGCACAUGAAUGAUUUAGACGUGGCUGAUAAAACUCUUGGCUUAUUGAUCAGCGGCCACGACACAUCCAGUGCCGCCAUUACUUUCAUCAUCAAAUAUCUCUCUGAACUUCCUCACAUAUACAAGCAAGUAUUCGAGGAACAAAUGGAGAUUGCAAAAUCGAAGAAGCCGGAGGAGUUGUUGAACUGGGAAGACGUUCAGAAAAUGAAGUAUUCAUGGAAUGUUGCAUGUGAAGUUAUGAGGCUUGCCCCACCACUUCAGGGAGCUUUUAGGGAAGCCCUUAAUGACUUUGUCUUCAAUGGCUUCUCCAUUCCUAAGGGCUGGAAGUUGCAUUGGAGUGCAAAUUCAACACACAGGAACCCAGAAUAUUUCCCAGAACCAGAAAAAUUUGACCCAACAAGAUUCGAAGGAAAUGGACCUGCUCCGUAUACAUUUGUUCCAUUUGGAGGAGGACCCAGAAUGUGCCCUGGAAAAGAAUAUGCACGUUUGGAGAUACUUGUGUUCAUGCAUAAUGUGGUGAAAAGGUUUAACUGGGAGAAACUGAUUUCUGAUGAGAAAAUAAUUGUGGAUCCAUUGCCCAUGCCUGCUGAAGGCCUUCCUGUUCGCCUUAUUCCACAUAAACUGCUUGAUUAACUAUAUAUAUGUAUUAGCCAGCUCCAUUAUCUUUCUUUAUAGUUGUUUAUAUUUGAGAGUGUUGAAAGGUUAAACAUGUAACAAGGCGAAACAAGCUGGUGCUUAGAAAAAAUAAAGAUCGAAUGCGGCAAUUUGACUUGUCUUUGUUUCUU